AUGGAGGAAUCGACAAAUAAGUUCAUCCCAGAGUACCGCCGUACCAACUUCAAGAACAAGUCGCGUUUCCAGAGCGAUGAGUUGAGAAGGCGUAGAGAGACCCAUCAGGUCGACUUGAGAAAGCAAAAGAGAGAGGACGUUUUGGCAAAGAGAAGAAACUACGUCGACGCAGGCGCCAUGGCCAACGAUUCUGAGGACGAGGAUGAUGUGGGAGACCUUGUUCCAGGUGGAAGAGAGGACUCGUUUUUUGGUAAGUUGCAGCAGGAGCUUCCAAAGAUGAUGGAGCUGAUCCACCUGUCCAACUUUGAGACCCAGUUGGCCGCCACCAUUAAAUUCCGUCAGGUAUUGCUGAGGGAGCACAACCCACCUAUUGAUCUUGUGAUCCAGCUGGGAGUUAUUCCAACGCUUGUGGAGUUUAUGAAGGAUAGCCAGCCUGACAUGUUGCAAUUAGAGGCUGCAUGGGCACUCACAAAUAUCGCUUCGGGUACAAGCGAUCAGACCCAGGUUGUUGUCGAGCUGGGCGCUGUGCCAUCAUUUGUGCAAUUGUUAUACUCCCAGUCUUUGGAGGUGAAGGAGCAGGCCAUUUGGGCUUUGGGUAACGUUGCUGGUGAUUCCACCACUUACAGGGAUUUCGUGUUGAAGAGCGGCGCCAUGGAGCCAGUCUUGAGUCUUUUCAACACCAGCAAGAUGUCGUUGAUCCGUACUGCUACAUGGACGUUGUCCAACUUGUGCAGAGGUAAGAACCCUCAGCCUGAAUGGUCGGUGGUGCAGCAAGCCAUUCCUACUUUGGCCAAGUUGAUCUUCUCUGUUGAUACCGAAACUUUGGUUGACGCGUGCUGGGCUGUUUCCUACUUGAGUGACGGUCCUUCUGAAGCUAUUCAGGCCGUCAUUGAUGCCCGUAUCCCACACAGAUUGGUCGAGUUGUUGGACCACGAGUCCACCUUGGUCCAGACCCCAGCUUUGCGUGCCAUUGGUAACAUUGUCACUGGUAACGACAUGCAGACCCAGGUGAUGAUCAACCUGGGCGUCUUGCAGCAUUUGGCUCCAUUGUUGAGCUCUCCAAAGGAGACCUUGCGUAAGGAGGCAUGUUGGACUAUCUCCAACAUCACCGCCGGUAACGCUGAGCAGAUUCAGGCAGUUAUUGACCUGAACUUGAUUCCUCCAAUUAUCCGUUUGUUGGCCCAGGGUGACUACAAGACGAAGAAGGAGGCUUGUUGGGCUAUUUCUAAUGCUUCCUCUGGUGGAUUGACGAAUCCUGAGCAAAUAAGAUACCUCGUGAACCAAGGGUGUAUCAAGCCCUUGUGUGACUUGUUGGCUGUUGCCGACUCCAAGAUCAUCGAGGUCACUUUGGACUCGUUGAUGAACAUCUUAAAGGUCGGUGAGUUGGACAAGGACCAGAAGCACGCUACCAACAACGAGUAUGCCAUCUUCAUCGAGGAGGCUGGUGGUAUGGAGAAGAUUUUCAACUGUCAGGCCAACUCCAACGUCCAGAUUUACAACAAGGCGUUCAGCAUUAUUGAGAAGUACUUUGGCGAAGAGGAGGACGAUGGAAACUACGAAAACGGUUUGCAACCUGAAGCGUACGGCGACUCGUUCGGUUUUGGUGUCCAGAACAACCAAAACUUCCAGUUCUAA